GCGCCGGCCCCGGCCCGGCCCCGAGCCCGCGGAAGCCCCGGCGCGUCCCCCUCGCAGCCAUGGCAGGGGUCGUGGUGAGCGGAGCCCAAGUGUCCUAUAUUAGUCAAGACUGUGAAGAAAUUCCAGAAUUCCUAGGAAGAAAAUAUGGACAUAUGGCAAAAAGGCUAGAUCUUAGCUUCAACUUGUUAAGGUCACUAGAAGGACUGAAAACAUUCAGUUACUUGGAAGAGCUGAUCUUGGACAACAAUCUACUCGGAAAUGACCUUCUGUUACCCAAGUUACCCCACCUCCAUACCUUAACGCUCAACAAGAACCAAAUAACAGAGUUAGAAAGCCUUUUGGACCAUUUGGCUGAAGUUGUGCCCUCACUACAGUAUCUCAGUUUGCUUGGAAACAUGGCAUGCCCAAAUGAGCUGGUCUGCAAAGAGAAGGAUGAAGAUGACUACCAGAGGUACAGAUAUUUUGUCCUGCACAAAUUGACAAACCUGAAAUUUCUUGAUGCUCGGAAAGUAACCAGGAGGGAGAGAGAGGAAGCCUUAGUAAGAGGUGCCUUCAUGAAAGUGGUUAAGCCCAAGGAUGCUAAGGCCUCCAAUGAUGUUGCUUCUACCUCUCCAGAGAUGCACUAUACACCUCUGCCUUCAGGAUCUAGAGAUCUCACCAAUCACAGAGGUGUUUUGGGAAAAUGUCGCUACAUUUACUAUGGAAAGCAUUCUGAGGGCAACAGAUUCAUCCGAGAUGACCAGCUAUAAAACACAGCAUUAUUUUGUGCCUCUCUAGUCCCUCCACAUAAGAAGCACAAAUUGCAUCUAAAUUUCAAGCAUGUAACUAAAGUCCUCUAGUGCCUUCUGCUGACUUUGCCAAGCCUGUCAAGAUCAUCCUCCUAUCUUAGUCUGAGUAGUCACAUAGAGAUUGACAUGAUUGCCUUUAAGCAGGUCCCAUCCACCAGUGUGACAGACAGCUGCAGCGGAGCACCCAGCCUGACAGGAGGAGUACCAUGAUGGAUUGCCUGGUCCAAUUGCUGCUCGCAGAAGAGCAGGGGUCACACCUGGUGCUUCAGUGAGCAUGCUCCAUUGGUUGGUGCCUUAGCAAAAGCAGCGUAUUUUAUCUCCAGCUUGCCUGUUGAGUGAAAGUGGCUGGUGAUAUCAAAGUGUUUAUAAAAGAGAAGCUAUAAUUUCAGAUGAAAAAGCCCUUAUCGGUUGUUUCAUUUUUUUCCCUGUGAAUUAAGUGCUUGUGUUUCUAUCAUCAUGUAUGUGCUUAGACAAAUCUGUGUUUUUUUGGUUUGGUGUUCCUCAACCCUCCCGCCCCUAAAUGAGCCUAGAUAGAUUAUUUUUAUUUCCAACACGAAAAAAAAAAAAUCCUGAAAAUAUUUUGGCCAUGCAAAGUACUAUCAAUUUCUAUAAUUGUUUUUUUUUGCAAAGAAAACAGAUUUAAGCCAUUUCACAAAUAAAAUUUGCUAAUUCUUUAAUUGCAUCUCAACAUUCACCAAGUCUGACCUUCAGAAAAGCAAUCAUCUUUUUCAGUGCUGCAGAUUAGUGGCACAGCUUAACUGUACAUGCUUGGAAGAAGCCCUCAGUUGUGGUAUCGACAGUGUGUAUUAUUUCUGGUUUAUUGCACAAGAUAAUUUUAAUUUGUACAGCGACAGCAUUUAGAAUUAAAUAUUUAAAUUUGGAAAGAAAAAAGUGCUUAAAAGGAAUGAUAUAAAAUAAAAUUGCCACCAAAUAGGUAUGAUUAUUCAGAGGAGAAAAAGUCAGUAAAAGUAACUGGUGGAAUUAACAUGAUUAACAGAUUUAUUAAUAUGUUACAGGGACAAAUUAUUAACCCAUUUUGAUAUCUUUGUAAGAAAGGCUAUUGUAAAAUUUUUGGUGGAAAAAAUAAAAAUGCAUGGCAUAUUUCCUGCUUUUUGAUGAACGGGUUGGACAUAUUUAGAAUGCUGAACUUGAUAGUGUAUAAAAAAAUAUCCCAGUGAGUGAUGUAUAUCUUGUGUUAAGUACCACCAGAUACAAUGGGAUUAGCCAACAAAUAUGCAAAAAUUCUGACCUUUGAACUGUUCCAAACCUGUGCAUAUUGGCUCUCAACCGAGAGCCAUCAAUGUCUGCUGUUCUUGUCUUCUUUGAAGUUAUUUGGUGGUCUUUAUUCACGUACCUGGUUGAAAAAAACGUCAGGUUUUAGAAGUCGCCUACUUUGGGGGGCUAUUGAGCUAGUGUUGCAGGUGGAAGUGAAUUGGAUAUUGAAGCCAAUCAUUAAAUCAGGUUUGACUGUUGAAAAAGAAUGAAACACUGGCUGAGGGACAAAGGAAAGCUUGAUGCUGCUGAACAUUCCAGGCCUUACUCAGUAAACGUAAGCCUUCACUCACACUGAAAGUCUAUAAUAAAUCUUUAACAGAUACUUAAAAUCAGCGAUGAAUGUAGAAGGAUCCAGUUCACACCACCUGUGGUUCAAAUUGAGCUCUGAGCUGUUUGCCAUACAAAUUGGUGCCUGGGAAGCACAUUUUGUCCACUUUUAACACCUCUGUUAUUGUCAUAAAUGGCUAGAAAUGAAAUGCCAAUUCACAUUAGAAGUCCUAGGAGAUAUUAGAUAAAGGAAAACUACAUGCAUCUCUUUAAUCAAAAAUAUUAUUAGAAAUAUUUAGGGCACUUGUCACUUGGUCACCAAAAUAACAGCAAUCCUAGUUUGUUCCUAUCAUACUGUGUGUUUUGAAGCCUCCACACAUGUUGGCCAUGGCAUAGUACAGGCAGCAGGCUUAUGAAUAGGGGUGUUCAAAAUAAUCUGAUGUCACUUUCAGUCUGGUUACAUAUGUGUUCUUGUCUUUAUAGAAGGCUUUAACCCUGCCUCAAACAAUAAACAGCACUUGCAAACUGA